AUGGUGGCAGAAUGGUGUAAUGCCACGUACGACGAACGCCUGGAACGUGCCAUUGCUGGCGCCCUGCAUGGUAUCCAAGAGGUACAUGUCUCUGAAACGGAAGUGGAAGGUCCAGGUCCAGGGCCUUUAGGCUUCGAUGGAUACAAGAUUAUCGGCCUUGGUCGAUUGCAACGCCAUGGAAAUAUCCGCACUGUGUGCGAAAACGAAACUCAGGCAGUGAGCUUUGACCUACUGGCUGAAGAACCCGUGCUCUGCUUGUUUCUAAGGGCGGGUGGCGGAAACAACACAUUGGAACUCGCAGCUUAUGAUGUCAAGGUAACCACGCAUCUCAAGUUCAUCGCGGGGCCCUCAGACAACAACAAUGUUGAAGCAGACCGGAGGGUUCUCGACCAGUACGACGAUCCUUUGGUGACGACCCUACGCACAGGACGUGUAACCAUGAACGUCGACGACACUUCCGGUGCCACUGUGAAUGCGACGGUGGGUCUGCUGCGACACCUGGCUCUGGCCGCCAUUCAAGACUCUUGGGAAGAACUGUUUGUGUCAAAGUUUGUCAGACUUCUGAGGUACCAUUAGUCUGAAUGUACUUUAAACAAAAAAGUAGCUGGAGUCAUAUGGCGAGGAAGCAAGCAGCUCCAGAAGUAUAUCUAGUUGCGGCUGACACAGAUACAUGAGUGCGAGAAUGUUGCAUGCUUAUUUCAUAUUUUAGAAAGGACACUCGUGGUCUUCCAAUGCUGAUUUAGUAAUUCGUAUUGAUCUUGAUUGAUACAUGAAGAUCGGAACAUACCAAACUGUCGGUGUCUAAGCAAAGAAAUUGAGAGGAAAACAAAGACAGAGAUAUAAAACUGAUGUGUCUCUAAAAUUCCCUAAAUUAUUAAUCAUGUGCGCUCGUCUUUGCCAAUGAAAACACCUGGCGCCCUUUAUUGUGAUGCCGUAGGCUACGGUUAUUUUUGCGAUGGCCUUGGCUUGUAGCCAAGCUCUCCUUAUAGCGUGUAUGAAACAAAAGUCUAAUUAAACGGCAGUUGCAGAACGAAAGACCUGUGUUUUUUAUUCAGUUCCAGUCAAGAGCACCAAAAGGUUAGAGCUGAAUGUCUCACUGUCUAGAUAACACCCGCCGGGCAACGAAUAUCUUACAUAAGGCAGGUUAAAGAUAAAUAUACGAUAGUAUUGGUCGCAGCAGUAACCUGAAGUAUAGCGAUCAGGUGCAUGUAUCUGCUAGAUUUGGCAAGUCAUUCUCCGUAUCUGAAUAUGUUCAUUAUAACGUUUAAAAAAUUGCGAUCGCCCACCAUGACUCACACUUCCUUGAUUUGUACUUCAUAAAUUUCGCAUUCUGUCUCAACGACUAUUUCCUUCUCUGUCACUAUUCAAUGCUUAUUUCUUUACAAAGCCUAAUUAAAUACAGUAACAACCAUUAUGUCUAGGCUUAUCUCAAAACCCUGUAUU